CCCGGAGCACAAAGUUUUUGGGAAGUGUUGAAAAAAUUGUUUCAUCAGUGUUGUUUGUGAUCCGGUUAAAAAUUCCCUUAUUUCGGUAAUACAACUCUCUCUUCUGCUUCUCGAGAAGAAAAAAAUGUACUCAUGAGGAAAAUCGAUUCUAAAAAAUUUCGUGACUUUCACUGUCGAAAGCGUACAUUUUCUACUCUAAGUACUAAACUCUGCAAUUCAAAAUGCUCAAAAAAAGCGAUUACCCUGAUAAAAACAAUUUUUUAGUCGUCCAAUGUGAUCCAUUGGAUAUUUCAGUCUGGGAGGUUUCAACAAUUUUUCCACAUUUGAACCUAAAAGUUCAUGGAAAAACUCACAGAGCCAACGUUUAAAUUUUUUGCAACAUAUUAUGAUAAAAAAUGAGGAAAUGACGUUUUCGAAGAAAAAAAUGCUAAAAAUCUUUGUCAGUCUGAGAAGAGAAUCAAACUCCAGUCGUCGAACGAGUUUCCCUUUAAAACGGUUUGAACGAAAUAAAAAAAUCACGAGAGCAGCUUAUUGAAGUGAAAAAAAAUCGGAAGUUUGUAUGACUUAGUAAUUUAAAGCUCGAACAGCAGUUUACUUUGCUAUUAUUAAAUUAAUUGUUUAAUCAAACUUUGGUGAAGCUGAGGUUACUUACGUAUAAUUGUAUAUGUAGACGCACACUUAAUUCUUGAUAAGUCUUGUAUGCUCUUGCGCGUAUUUACCGAGCUGGUAAAAAAGCCACCGAUGAAUUCUGUUUGUAAUUGUGAGAUCCAAGUGGGAGCAGCUCAAGCGCAAGGUUUUUUGUAUUUCGACGUCUCGGGGUUUUCAGUAAAUUUGUGUCUUUCGCGAGAGUCAAACCGCGUGUUUAGCUCGAACGCUUCUGUUUCAACCACUUUUGUCUUCUCGCGCAGAGAAACGGCGAGACUCGAACGAUCGGCGAAUCGUCGGUUCAUUGUCAAGGGAGAGCCUAGGAUGACUCUCGGUAUCCAAUCCCUUACUUUUUCCUUCGCUUUAACCACGAUUCUUGGAUUAACACGAGUCACUGGUGUUUCCACGAAAUUCGAUGGAAGCUGUCCCGCGAUAUCCAUGGCAAGUACCUUGACUCAGACGGAGCUUUUGCAGGAACUCACAAACGACUGUCGAUAUGAUAAAAUGGUUCGACCGCCUGGAGAAGUCAACGCUAGUGAUCCGACCAUCGUGGUUUCCAGGGCUUAUAUUUACACCAUCAAAUCCAACAUGGCCAAGACAUUGCAAUUCGACGUCCACAUGAUGCUACAAUUUCGUUAUCUUGAUCCCCGCUUAAAAUAUUCCGACAUUGCGCCUCGUUUCACGCAAAUCUUUGGAGGUCAGUCGGCCCACGACUUAAUAUGGACGCCCACAGUAUUCGUUGCGAACGAGCGCAGUUCCGUCAUAAUGGGAAACAGCGUUAAAGAUCUCUUGAUAUCGAUCGACCCCUCGGGAAUGGUUGUCCUAAAUACGAGACUCGAGGCGAUUUUGAACUGUGGCCUGCGUCUCGAAAAAUUUCCAUUCGAUGUUCAAGAGUGCCCACUGGUUUUCGAGAGCUGGACCCACAACAUCCAGGAAAUGAAACUGGACUGGGACGAGGCUCCGAUAAUCCUGGCCGAUGAAUUGCAUCUGACCGAAUAUCGACUGGUUGAGAAAUGGGUCAAUAAGUCCGCGGUCUCUUACACUGCGGCGCAACAGCACUACGGCCACUUCGCUGGAAAUUUCAGCUCGAUAAGCAUCACUUUCAAACUCGCUAGGGAAAUGGGCUUCUUCAUGAUGGACUAUUACAUCCCCUCGAUACUCAUCGUUGUCAUAUCCUGGGUCUCGUUCUGGCUUCACAUGGACGCUGGCCCACCACGAAUUGUGCUCGGGACAAACACUAUUUUGGCGUUCAUGACACUGGCCUCGAAAGUGGAAAAUUCGCUGCCCAAGGUUUCGUACAUAAAAGCGAGCGAAAUAUGGUUUCUGGGCUGCACUAUUUUUCUCUUCGCUGCGAUGGUCGAAUUCGCUUUCGUCAACACGAUUUAUCGAAGGAAGAAAAACGUGCCUCUGAAAAAGGUCAACAGCAAAUAUAUCCUCAAAUCGACCCUCACCCCACGCCUCGCGAGGAAACAAUUCCACAAAAACACAACCGGACUAGAGAGAUCACGAUCUUGGUCGUCCCUCGAUAACGCUAAUUCUAUGGAGCAGGAUUACACCUAUCAGAAUUACCUCACGGUCCACAGUUUUCCCAGCACGAUCAACAUUCCGUCGGUAAAAAUAGAGGAAGACGAGAAAGAUAAGGAUACUUCGAACGGCAGCGUAUUGACGAUAGAGUCGAGCUCACCGCCAGCGCCGGCUCCCCCGCCACCGAAAUCAUUCGCACGGAGACCGACACUCGCGAAGCUUCACAACUUUACGACGAUGACGCCUCAACAAAUCGCCCAAUGGAUCGACAAGCGCAGCAGGAUCGUCUUUCCCGCUGCUUUCCUCAUAUUCAAUAUUUUGUACUGGUCGUUCAUUUGGAUUUAAGGUGGAAAAAUUCGUCGGAGGCUAAAAAGUGUAGACUUCGUAAGAUCGAUUUAGUUGAACGAGUAAUUCGAUCAUCGCAUUCUUGAUUUUUAAUUCAGUUCGUUUUGUUUUCAUCGUCGAUGACAGUUGCGAAUGAAGGUUCUUAAGGAAUCAUCGAUUUUUCUAUAAUUUAAUGUUUUUUCGUUGAUUAUUGCGAAUCAAGGAUCAAUGUACAAGUCAAGUACGGUGCAGAACGAGUUUUUUCAAUCCGAGACGAGAAACUUGUUGGUUCAAAUCACCAAAAGUUCCGUUGAAUCAAUGUCAAUUAAAUUCAUAGACUCAACAAAAAUUUUAUUGACUCGAUCGCUCAAUGCGUUGGCUUUAAUAUUGCUCACGAAAACGAAAGGGUCGUUGAGUCAACAAAUGUCCCGUCGAUAAUCCAACGAAAGUUUUAUCCAAUCAUCACGUUUCCCGUCUCAGUCCAUAAUUAUGAGUGUAGGAAAGCUGUCUCGGGUCUGAGAGACCCGGAGAGACGCAAAUCCCUCGAUUUCCUAACCAACGAAUAUUUAUUCCCCCAAACUUCGAAUAUCUGGUUUGAUUUUUAAUAAAAAUGUAAACAGACCCGGUUUUGUUGAUACUUAAAACCGCAGGAUAACCGGGUCUCGCAGACCUCGAGGCCGGAGGCUCGGAGCGGAGCGGAAAGUAAGCGCGCUCCCAAAGUUGUGGCUGCUAAUAAAAAAUAUUAAAAUAAGUCAUUUAUACACAAAUAUACAGCGCAAUAAAAAAAAGCUUUUCCAUGA